UUGUUUAUAUUUUGUUAUUUUGUUGUUUUUUUGUUGUUAUUUUUUCAGCUGUUUAAUAUGGUUAUUUAAAAAGUUGUGAAGUUGAUAUAGCUGUUAGUGUUUUAUUUAAAACAUUGCUGUUUUUAGUUGAUCACAGGUUUUCACUGCAUUUACCAUAAACCAGUAACUCACCAGCUAUAAAAUUCCCAGACAAAUCACCACCUAAUUUAACCAUCGAUGGCUGAAUCAAAACAUGAUCUGUUACAGUUCAUGAUUGUUGUUGGUAAACUGAAGGUAGGCAAGUAGUUGUUACGUUAUGUGCUUAAAUAGUUAUCCAGCAAGAUCUAUAUUAGUAUAUUCUCCUAAUUCUCGAACAGUGAGGCCUGAGGGUCACUCAAGAUCAUGGCUGUCCCCAACCUCGUCCCCAGGGUCUUGCCCUGGGGAUGAGGUUGGGCUGUCCCUUGUCAGUUGCCCUAGCACCACUGGGCUGGCUACUGUAUAUAUUGAUACCAAAAUAGAUAUAAUCAUAAUUCCAUUCCAACUAGCUACAUCCUGUUCCUAUAGCCAGUGCAUUUAAUACGAGAAGCAUAUGAAUGCCUGCACUAGAUGAUUUAAUUUACUGCCAAGAGGAAGUACAGGUACUCAAUGGGUUUAAUUAUAUUUAUUGAUGUUCAGUCGUUAAGGAGAACUGGUUGGGUAAGGCGUGGUGUGCCCAAUCCGGAACAUGUUGCAGAUCACAUGUACAUGAUGGUCGUCAUGACAUUUUUCAUUCAAGAUGAUCACAACCUAAAUAAGGAACGGUAAGGAAUGCACAUGUUUUUAAUAGAGGUGGUUUUAGCCAUCAAGUUGCAUUAUAACCUUAUCCAUCCUACUUUAUUAUCGCCAGACGAUUUCACUCAUCAAGGGGAGAUUUCACUCAUCAAUGGGUUAAUUGAUUACCAAAUAAGUAUUCAAUUACUUAUUUAACCCAUUAAGCGCCAGCGCUCUUCCCUUGACGAGUAAAAUCAUCUGGCAUUAGACAGAGUAAAAUACUAAAGUAGGGUGCAUCAGGGUGCAAUGCAACUCAAUGGGUUAAUUAACAAAAAUAUUGCAAGAUCAGUAUAAUCAGUAGGCUCGGAUUCCAGCCGUUGGGUUCUCAGCACUCAACCUAACGGCUGGAAUCCGAGCCUAUAUAAUCAGUGGUUAAUUAAUUUUAAUGACCAGUUUUAAUUGUAAAUUUAAAUGAACUAAUUUAUUUGGUUAAUUGAUUUGACCAUUAAUUUAUUAAUUAAUCAAUUUAAUUAGUUGAUUAAUGAUUACUGAGUAAUUACUUGUUACCUUGAUUGUAUAAUUGGUAAAUUAAAUAAUCAAUGUAUAUAGUUAAUUAAUAAUAAUAAAUAUUUAAGUGUGGUAAUUAAAUUGUCCUCAUUAUAUGUUUUCAGUUGUAUGAAACUAGCACUGGUCCACGACAUGGCAGAGUGUAUAGUUGGAGAUAUCACUCCUUACUGUGGAGUGAGUAAGAAUGAAAAACACGCAAAAGAGAGGGUCAGUGUGUGACAUUGAUUAAAUUAUUAACAACUAGAGGACACUUAAACACUGCAUACCUCUCAGCUAUUACACCAUUUAUACAAUAGGCUAAUGGACCACUUGCAUGUUAGACUAAAUUUUAAUCUAAGUAAAGAGAAGGGAAUCAAACACCGUGCAGCUAAAAAAACAUAAUGAAAUUAGUAAACUUGCAAAAUUUGGUUGCGAAAUGUUGUAAAGCUUGCAAAAUAUAGUCUUGCAAAGUUUGCAAAUUUUGUAUAAUUAUGUUUGUAUCACGCGCGGAAAUUGUUACCAUUUUCGGCUCAAAAAUGGUAACAAUUUCCGCACGUAAUACAAACAUAUACAAAAUAUGCAAACUUUGCAAGGCUAUAUUUCAAGAUAACGGCAGAUGACCGGUCAGCUUUUACCGGCCGUUAAUUAUUUUGAGCCCUGAAUAAUUGUACAAAUCUGAUCCAAACUGCUAAAAUAGUCAAUUGGCUAAACAUGGUUUUGAAAAACACUGCUAUACUUAUCCAAUGCACUUAUAAUUAUCAAACGUUGCUGUAGGUUUCAAAAUUCUGCAGUGAAUCAAUUCUGUUUAAUAUAGGAAGCAAUGAAGCAAAUAUCUUCACUUGCUGGCCAAAAGGUUGGGCCAGAGUUACUUGCUUUGUGGGAGGUAUGUGAAUUAUAUAUAAUUGUAUUUUGCUCAAUUGUAUUCAGAAGUGGACAAGAAGAACUUUGAUCCAGACAAGAAGAACUAAAUCCAUUACCAUAGCUGGAUAGAGCAUCUUAAAAUGAGUAAAGUUGCAAAGUUUGGUUGCGAUUUGUUGUAAAAUGAAGAAAAUCGCAAAUGAAGUUCGCAAAUUUUGUAUAUAUGUGCAUUAUGCGCCGGAAAAAUAUCCAGUUUAAACAGAAAGUGGUUAUUUUUACCGCGCGUAAUACAAAUAUAUUCUUCACAGGGCUAUAUUUUCUUCAUUUUACAACAUUUAGCAACCAAUCUCUGCUGUUUUACUCAUCAGUUCUAAGACGCUCUUUCUAGCUGUGGUAUUGGAUUUCGUUUUUCUUGCCUUGAUCAAAAUUUAGUCUAAAGCUGGAAUCACCCAUUAAGUUUAGAAGAUAAUCACACAAGAGCCAAUAUGAGUAAUGACUGUAUGUUUUUAGGAAUACGAAGCGCAGGAAACUCCAGAAUCACAAUUCGUUAAAAAUUUGGAUCGCUUUGAUAUGAUCUUACAAGCGCAUCAAUACGAAAAAGGUAAUUCACCUGUUUACAUUCUAUACUACUAUACAUGAAUGUACAAUAUAACUUAAUUCUAACCUCGAUUCCUAUAUUUCUACCGCAGAAAUCGGACAGGUUGGUCAUCUUCAAGAAUUCUUUGACUCAACCGAAGGUUUGUUUCUUACCCCUGAGCGUUUCAAUGAUAUUUUGAAAUUUCUAAACGUCGCAUUUCGCAUGUUAUUAUAAUUAUAAGUAUUAUUAAAUCAUUUUGUUCCAUUUCGCCCUAAUACGCCCUAUAGUUUAUUAUUUACCCUGUCUAAUACCAGACGAUUUUACUUGUCAAGGGGAGAGCGCUUGUAUGCAUUGGUCUGUUUUCACCAAAUCGAGUUCUUGACCAAAUCUUCAACCAUCUCUCAAUUGAUAAACAGGAAAUAUUGAUUGUGUUUAAUUUCAGGAAAAUUUGACCAUGCGAUGGUAAAUAAUUGGGCGACACAAUUAACGGAACAUCGCAAGAUGAGCGAGACUAAUAAAGAAUCUGCAUCAGACAGCGAAAAUAAUAGAACAGAAAAGGUUUGAUUCUCGGAUUAAAUACGCUGUGAAUUUGUCCAGAAUAGGUUUGUAUAAAAGAAUAAACUGUCAUUUAAAUAUUAUUUAUUUAAUAGCUUUCAUAAUUUCAAACCAUGUUAGCCAAUUUUGUAAUACAUUUUUAGUUAUUUUUUUAAAGUGAUAUUUUGCAUUUUUCCAAACUAAUUCUAUUUUUUU